AUGACUACAAAUACUAUAAACUGGGGCCAAAUAACAGGCCCCAACAACUUCCUCCCACCCUCUCCUACCACUAUUUGUGACCCUUUUGACGAUAUCGACGACGUCAAUAUCGUCAAUAGCCCUCCCCCUCUACCCACCACUGCUGCUGCCAAUCCUCCUCUGCGGGCUGCCCGCCCAAGCCGCUGCCAGCCUGCCGAAACUCUCCACGCUCGUCUCGAUACUACGAUGAGAAUUUUGCUUCUGCGCCUCUGUAUAAGAGAUGCAGAGCUCUACUCCCGGGCCUCCCGGAAGACCUUCUGGAAGAAGGUCCAGAAAGACCUUUGCGAAGAGACUGGCCAAGAUCAUACGACCUUAGCCCGUCUUGUCGCAAAUCUUGUCAAGCGACGACGAGAAUGUAAGGAUGCCUCCGACUACUCCAUCCCCGACCCCGCCCUCACCAUCCUCGGCGCCAGUCUGCAAUGUGACACUCUCCGCACUGCCCUCAAGCAGCUCCCCCUAGAAAUUGACCUCAUCGUCUCCAGCCCCAUGCGGCGCACCCUCCAAACCACCACCAACGCCCUAGGCUGGCGCAUGGCGGAAGGCUGCCCCGCAAUCGCCCUCGCGGGGUUCCAAGAGAACUCCGCGAAGCCGUGCGACACUUGUUCUGACUCCACGGCCAUGGUGGCAGAGUGGCCGGCGUUCGAUUGGAGCGAGGUUGAUCCUGUUUUCCCGGCCAAGACGGGGCUGUAUGAGUUUUUGAAGGAGGCGUUGACGCGGAGAGGGGUGGAGGCGAGGAGGUGGUUGAGGGGGCGGAAGGAGAAGGUUGUUGCAGUUGUAUCGCAUGCAGGGUUCUUGAGGGUGGGUGUUAGCUAUUGCGCGCAAGGCGCGAGCGUGGUGAAGGUUGCAUCGUGA